GCUAAGAGUACUUACAUCCUCCAUCGAUGGCUCUAAACGUUACCAAGAUCUCUCAAAUCAGCCCCUUGUCGGAUUCAUCCCGCGAAUAUCCAUUCAUUCUCCCACUCACUUUCUUUGACCUAAGGUGGCUAAGUUUCCAUCCCACACAACAAGUCAUCUUCUACAAACUCUCUGAGUCAUCUCGCGAGUCUUUCUACUCUGUUAUCCUCCCAAAACUUGAGCAAUCUCUAUCCGUCAUCCUCCACUACUAUCUCCCUCUCGCUGGUCACCUCAAAUGGUACCCUCAAGAUCUUAAACCGUGCAUCGUCGUCCUUCCGCACGACACUGUCUCGCUGAUCGUGGCGGAAAGCAGCGAUGCAAAUUUCUCAAUUGUUUCAAGCAAGGGGUUACGUCCUGCGAAGGAGCUACGUCCUCUUGUGCCGGAGUUACCGGUUUCUGGUGACUCACCAACGUUACUUUCUCUACAAGUAACAUUGUUUCCAAACCAAGGGUUUAGUAUUGGCAUUGUAUCCCAUCAUGUCUUUAUGGACGGCAUAACAGCUCAAAUGUUUACUAAAUCAUGGGCUCACAUCUGCAAACACGGAACAACGGCCUUACCAGAGGAUUUAACUCCGUUUUUAGAUCGUACUGUCAUUAAUGUUCCGGUCGGGUUGGAAACGAAGAUGCUGGAGUUUCUACCAUACCUUUCAGAGGACAAAGACAAUGCAAGAACCCUGAAGCUACCUCUCACGGAGGAGACCGAUGCAGACGUUUAUCGGAUCACACUUGAGCUGACUUUAGAGAAUGUCGUGAAACUUAAGGAACGAGCCAAGAACGAGACAAAUCGUCCUCACCUUGAGCUUCACCUUUCAACCUUUGUCGUCGUGAACGCCUAUCUCUGGACCUGCUUGGUGAAAGCGCGUGGAGUUGAUGUGGACAGACCGGUGGCUUAUGAAUACGCAGCUGAUUUCAGAAACCGGUUAGGCCCAUUGGUUCCUAGGACGUACUCAGGGGCCUGCGUGUUUCCGAUUAGUUGCUUAGGAUACAAAGCGAAGUCAUUUCUGGGAGAAGAUGGUUUCAUCAAUGCGGUUGAAAUCCUCAGCGAUUCGGUUAAAGGUUUGGGAUCACAAGGGAUUGAGGUAAUCUUUGAUUUGUGUGUUGAAAGAGUGAAGAACAUAGAACAGGGUACACAAGUUUGGGCCGUUUCUGGGUCAAACCGUUUUUCGGUUUAUGAGUCCGAUUUCGGGUGGGGAAGACCGGUUAACAGUGAGACUGUGUCCACUGACCAGUGUCAGCUUCUUUCGAUGUCGGAGAUGAGGGAUCAGACUGGUGGUGUGGAGAUUGGUCUGUGUUUGAAGAAAAGUGAGAUGGAUGUUUUUAUUUCUCUGUUCAAAAAUAGAUUUGAAAACUAA